UGGUUUUUAAUUAACAAUUAAAUCAAUUUGUAAAUAAUUAGUUUAAAAUAAUUUGGUAAUUUUUUAAAAAUUCUUAUAUCUGAUAGAUUUGUUGUCUUUUUUUUUUUAAUUUUAUUUUUUUUUAAAUUGCUUCGAAAAUGAUUGUUCCAUCGACAGGAUAGUUUAUAAUUUCACCUGAUUAUAAUGUAUAUAUAUUUAAAGUUUAUAGUCUCGGUGAUUAAGUACAAUAUGUAGAUCUAUUAGAACAUAAAAAUAAUUCAUUUAAAUAACCAUCGAGACUUUUACCCCGUGGGGUUGCAUAUCAUAAAUAAAAAAUAUAAAAAAAAAAACGGCUUACAUUUCUAUGUCAAAUAUAUAUUAUAAUCUUGUGUUUAAUAUAUUAAUCCGUUGACUAUUUGUUACGUUGAGUGAAAAUAUAUAUAUAUAAAUAUAUAAAUUUAUUUAUUAGUUUAUCUCUGAUACAACGACGUGUAAUUACAAUUAACCAGACUAUGGCCAAUUUAAAUUAUAUGUAAACAAAAACAAAAUAUAGUAUUAUUCAAUUUACAGUAAAUCAUAUAAAUAAAAAAUGAUUAAAUGAAAAAAAAUAAUAAGAAAAAAAAAAAAAAGAGGAAUUUUUUUCUUAAGAAAAGUAAUUAACAUUUUUAUUUCUUAUUGGACUAUUGAUAAUUUUUAUGAAUAGAUGUUUGUAUGUGAGUACAUGCGAAUGAUAGUGACAUGAAUAAGUGAUACAAAAAGUAAGUCUCUGUGUCUGUGUUUGCCCUCUUACCAAAUACAUCAUCAUUACUUACUCGGUGUAUAUACUUAUUAUUAUUAUUAUUAUUAUUAUUAUUAUUAUUAUUAUUAUACCUGGAUGACUUUGAUACGUGUCUCUUGUAUAUAGAAUAUUACAACACUACAAACUAUUGAGUAGUCGUUAAAUUACACUUACAAUUCAGUAAACCCGAUUACUUUUAUUUUCACUUUAGUCGUUUAGUCGCGCGUACACUCAACGCACUACUUGUUCUCUUGCUCUCUUGUCUCUUUUCUUAUUUAUCAUUACAAAUUGUUAAUAAUUUUAUUAUAAAAAUGUCAUAAUUUUUAAAAUAUUAUACUUUAUCUGUCAUAAUGUACGUGUGCACUUGAAAAGAUUUUUUUUUUUAAAACAUUUUUUGUGAGUUAUCAGAAGACGUGUUAGUAAUUAAUAAUAAUAAUUAAUAAUAUAUUCCAAUGGUAUCGCGUGUGGCUAAUAAAGUUGACGAUAAAUUAUUAUCCGUACCACCUGUAAAUGAUUAUGUACGAAGAAGUAGCUUGUCAUUAUUAAAUUUGCCGGAUAGUUCGUCAUUUCAAGGUGUCGCGGGUUCUGCUAGACGACGAUUGAGUAACGUCAGUGAUGUUGUGUCGAAAAAAAUAUCAGAUACUAUUGGCUGGCGAUCUGUUGGUGCAAAUGUUGAGCUUGCUGUUAUGCAGGGUUCAGUACUUUGCGGUCAAUUUAUUAAAAAUCGGCUGAAACGAUCGGGAAUAUUUCAAAAAAAAUUGGGAUUAAAAAGAAUGCGAAGUGGAGGAAUGAUGUCAUCUGAAGGAUUACUAAUUAUAGCAGAAGUAUGUCCGGUAUUAAAUAAUUUAGGAGCUGAAUUAGAAAAAAUGUAUCCAAAAUUGUAUAAAAAUAUUGCGCGGCAAAUAGGAGCUGGAUCAUUUUCAAAUGAACAAUCUGCUGCGGAAGCUAUCACUGAUGUAUCCCGUGAAUUAUUGAGAACCGGUGAAAUGACAUGGAGUAAAAUAAUAUCAUUGUAUUCAGUGGCUGGUGGUGUUGCUGUUGAUUGUGUACGUCAAGGGAAACCCGAAUUUAUAGGAGCUAUUCAACGAGCAAUGACAAAUGUCCUUGAAGAAGAUUUAGCGUCUUGGAUUCAAGCUAAUGGAGGAUGGAUUGCAUUAAGUAAUAGAUGCCGUACAAGCAUUGAUUCAGACACAUGGCAAGAACGUGACACAUUAAUUUUACUUAUUUCAACCACUGUUAUUAUGGGACUUGCAUUAUUAUUGCGGAUAUUUAUAUUUUAUUAAUUAUCAUCAGAUUUAUUGUUGUCAUCAGUCUCUACCUCCGUUUCUGUGAUUAUACUAUUCUGUAUAUUAAAUAAUAAUAAUUAGAGUAAUUAACAAUUGAUUUAAAUAAAUAAUAAUAA